AGCUGCCAAUACCCAAGGAAACCAUCCCCCCCUUAUCGAUAAGCCGAAAACCUCACACCCAACAUUAAACCUCACAUCACCGUCACCACCAGCCUUCCUCCAUCCACACCAACACCCAGCAAUCAAUCAACCCAAUACAAUAAUAACCCACAAACAAAACUACCAGAUCCCACUAUACCUCAGCCUCCUUCCACCAGCGAAUUACCUAUAACACACACAAUGACCCCAACCCCAACCCCAACCCCAGACGACCCAACACCACCACCACCAACAACAGCCACAUCUACAGAACAAUCGCCUCCCCGCCUCCCCGUCCAAACCCACCACUGCCGCUUCUGCAACCACCUCCUCCUCGCGACCACACGCUCCGUCUCCUCCCUCCCGCGCCGGAAAGACCCCGCCAAAGACGGUGCCUUAAUCCUACCUCUUCCGCGCGAUAACAGCACCGCCGACGAAGACGAAGAAGAACCAACCACAUCACAAGCACAAUCUUCCAUCAAACAAAAACACUACACGAUCCUUCUAUCCACCACCAUCCCGGAUCGCAAACACACGCUUGUGCGGAGGGAAGAUGGGUUCGAGAAACGGUUGUUUCUGAGGUGCGGGCGGUGUAGAGUUGUCAUGGGGUACUUUUUGGAUGAGGUGCAUUUUGGGGGGAAUAGUGCUGGGGCUGAAGGUGAGGAUGAGGAUGCGGAGAAGGCUAGGGUGGUUUAUCUCUUGCCGGGGGCUUUGGUGGAGACGGGGGUUAUGAUGGGGGAUGAGCUGGAGAAGGUGGUCAAGGGGUUGGAUAGAGAGUGGGUGGGGUGGUUGGAGGGAUAAUCAGUUCGGACGGCGUAUCUUUGAUGUUGUGGGUUAUGGGGUAUAUUUCUAUAAGGGUUUGGUAGUGGCUAUGGUGUUGGGAGGGGAAGUGGUCAUCAUGAGGAGUUGAUUGUGCUAUUUAUACUGUACUUCCAUAUACCAUGUAUCAUUUUAUCAUGUUUA